CCGGUCGCGGAAGCACGCCUGCACUUGUCAACAUACUUCCAAUCUUAGGUUCAAGGUCCACUGGCCGCGUGGUAACUAUUAUUAGAGCGUUCAAAUUUGGCCAUCCUUCUCAACCCCUCUCUCCGGACCCUUCGAUUCUUUCGAUUGCAGUUUCACAAAUUCCCGGUUUGAUCAUCCACCAGAGCGCCUCUUGCAAUCGUUGCGUAUCGCCCAGCCUCGUUCUCUUUCCCGCCUCGUCUGUGAGUUGUUGGUACCGGUACCGGUUCCCAGACUUGAAGUCGCAGCCAACCUUGGUACUACCAGCGAAACUCAACGCCGAGCCACCGCUCUGAUGACCCCUCGCGCGCUCUAAUGAUUUGAAAACAAUAAAAAUACCAGCGGAAUCCUCGCUCGACUGCUUCCGCAUACACUCACACAACUCUUGACCACAACCCAGCUCUUGCAACCCUCACGCACUCUCAAAGCCUACUACAAAACACCCAAACGACAAGAAAUGCCUUCCACUUGCGCUAUGCGUAUGGUCGAACACCCCAUCGUCGGCCUCGUCACCAAGAGCGAGCACGACGCCCUUCCUACCUUGCCGCUCCGUAACAUGGCCGACCUCAAGAGCCUGCGAGAGACACUACGCGGCGGCCUCGAAGAAGCAGCCGGUACCGCCACCCGCAAGCGUUGCCUACAAGCCGACGACAACUCCUCUCCAAAGCGUCACCGGCAGGCUGGCAGUCGUGCUGCUGCGCUACCCGCUCCUUCCUCCUCCACCGUGUCCUCUCCCGACAAGAAUGCCGCAUCGGUCAAAUCAUCCGCCAAAACUCCCACCAAAACCACGAGCGUCAAGACAUCCUCGCCAAACACACCACAACGCGCCGACCCGGCCACGAUGCGACGUCGACCGGUCGCGCACCCAACACCGCCGUCGGAGAAGAAGAAGUCGCAAUACCCGAUGAUACUCGAGGCCGGCAAGAAGGCCACAGAGGCGCGCGAGAAGAAGCGUUUCGGCAGAAUAGUCCACAAAGUUGAGUCGAAGGAAGAUACACAGGCGGCUCGGAUGAAGCGAGCCUUGGACAACGCGGACAGCCCAACCACCACUGAAAAGAAGAAGACUGGGUCCUCGGUGCUUGGUGUCGUGCCAGAGAGACUCUGGGGCAAGAGCAGCGCCGUGCAGAACAUCACGUGGAUGAGGACUGGUCUUCCGGACACUUCGGGUCGAAACAAGGGGAUGGAUGAGAUGAAGAGGGCUAAGGAGAAGGCGAAGAUCGAGAAGGAGAGGGCAAAGAGGGCGAAGGAGGAGCAGGAGUUGAAGGAGAGGAAGGAGACGGAGAUUACGGAGAAGAAGCGGAAAGAUGAGGAGUUGUUCGAUGAGCUGUUUGGAUAGCGUUUGGG